CGUCACUCUUUAGUACGGAAAUGCGCGGUUUGGGACGGAGCCUUAGAUUCGUUUAUGGUUGACGCUUAAUGUUUUUACAGCAGGUUGUUUUUAUUAUUCCACAAAAUGAGCGGCGAUAAAGCUAAGAAUAUCAGCGCGAUCCCUAUAGACGGGUUCAGCAAUGUUCGGAUUACAUCAACGUGGACGUUUCUACAGUCUAUCCAGUGGUCUGAGCCGUGGCUUAUCGGCCUGAUUUCUUUUCAUAUUCUGUGUUUUGCUUUUACUGUCCUUACCUGCAGGUACUACAGACUCCAGAUCUUCCACUUCCUCCUGAUGAUUACAAUGGUGUACAGUGCAGAAUAUGUGAACGAGAUAGCAGCUAUGAACUGGAGAUCGUUUGCCAAGUUUCAGUACUUUGACUCCAAGGGGAUGUUCAUAUCAUUGGUGUAUUCUUUACCACUCCUGUUCAACACUAUCGUUAUCGUGGCCGUGUGGGUGAGGAGGACAUUUGCGACCAUGACAGAGCUGAAGACGCUGCAGCUAAAGAGAAAAGCUGCAAGAGAAAGCGCCAAGAAAUCCCAGUAGACAGAGAACAUCAUGGACUGAAUUAUCUCCCAAUAAAGUGUCCCGAGAUACUAAAACUCAGCAGGUGACAUCCUUCUGAGUCUGAACUCAUCCGUUGGUGUUAAAAGAAAGCUGAUGGAUCAUUCCAUGUCCUCAGGAGUAAUGUUUGUCUAAAACCCCACACACACCUGGAGCCCAAUGUUGUAGCUACUAUUCAAGUGGACUGAUGGAUAGAGAAAAGCUCUAAUUGCCAUUCAUUACUCUUAAAACCCAGAUGACCUUUUUUUCCAAACUGCUAUUUGCAUGUAAAAAUUUAAAUACAGUAUAUAAAUAUCAUUUGUACAAUAAAUCGAUUUCAUUUUAUGCUGAA